CUUGCUGGUAGCGUUUCCGUCAUUGCCCUGCAAUAUUUACAGCUGGUCUGAUCGUCACCGCACCAAGGAUUCAAGAUGGUGAAUGUGAUGCUCGUCCUCACUGUUGCCGUUCUCGGGAUGAUGAGAUGUGCAGCAUCAUACGAAUUUGCCCCGAGCAGCGGCUGCAUGGUUCUGUACAAGAACGAACACGCCCAUGGAGCUAGCUGGGUGCAGAAGAGUAACGGUGAUUGGUACACGUGGACCUCUGCCGAAUGCCGGGAUUGGUGCGCAAGCAAUGCAGACUGUCUAGCGGUCGAUUUCGUCGGCCAGGAAAAGACGUGUCUCGUGCACAAACAGAAGUUCACUCGCAUUCCAGUCACGAGCGCGUCGACUGGCAAAACCGAACCCGAGACUGUGUCCCAGUACGCAAAGGAGUGUGGCAAUACGGGAGGAUAUGUCGCUGGCCCCGAGAAGACCCGAGUUCUGUUCCUGGACUUGAUCCUCACACUGGAUGCCUCCUCAGCGACCGGAUCAUCUGGCUUCGUCAAGGCACAGCAAUUCAUCAUCAUGCUCCUUCAGACAUACAAGCUUGGCGGUGAGAGUCUCCGACUGAAGGUGGUUUACUCCCGAGGCGCAAGUAUCCAGGUCUUUACCUUCGACCGCGAUGCGGAGACCCAGGCCUACAUCUCAGAGAUACAAGGCUGCUCAUAUUCCGGGGCGAACCUCAACAUUGAUCUGAUCUUCCAAAGGAUUAACUCGUUCUACCUUAGCUUCCAACGAUCUGGUGCCGGAAGGUGUUUCUUCCUAAUGGGCGGCUUUAGUGUUGGGAGCGACUUGGAGAUACAGACGAAGAUCGCCCUCUAUAUGCAGACCAUCAGUAUUAACUUCCGAUUCUACUAUUUCGCGAUUGGCUCUCAGACGAGCCUAACUUUCUGGCGGGAUCUGGUGGAUGAGGCCUAUAUCAUCCAGCUUGGAUCAUUCGUCGGCAUCACUUCGAGCUGGUUCCAGCAAAAUAUGAACACAUUCACAGUUUAUGGUCUAAGGAGAAACACUAAGAAGGUGAAUCUCCAACUCGUGCUGACCCUUGAUGGCUCUGGAGCCACCGGGAAAGAUGGCUACUACAAGACCUUAUACAUGAUAUUGACCCUUCUACGGACGUACACACUGGGCAAUGGCAACCUCCAACUCUACGUUUGCGUCCAUCGAAGCAAUCAGGUCAGCGUCGUCCGGUUCACGUCAGAAUCAGAUCUCAGUUCCAACCUCGCCAUUCUUUCCACUUCCGUCAGUUACCCAAGCGCCCCAAGCAACACCAUCAUUCUCCUGCAGAAGGUCCAAUGGGUGGUCGAGACUUAUUUUGCUACCACUCGGCCUAGGACGGUGUGGCUGUGCGGCGGGAUGGCAGUGUCAAACCAAGAGCAAGUGAACCUCAUCCUCUACCAGUUACAAGUGAGGCUGAAGGUUUAUUUCUACUACUACGUCAUGGGCGUCCAAACAGACACGACUUACUGGAGACAGGCACUAGGGAAUACCUUCGUCAAGACGGACUUUGGCGUCACCUCCACGUUCGUGGAUCGCAUCAUUACUACUGUCACUCAGACAGUCACCAAUCUUUCAGGACCAACCGUGACAUCGGUCAUCAGCAGUGUUAGUGGUUCAUCAUCGGGAGGUUCGUCUUCUGGAGGUUCAUCAUCGGGAGGUUCGUCAUCAGGAGGUUCGUCUUCAGGCGGUUCAUCAUCGGGAGGUUCGUCUUCAGGCGGUUCAUCAUCGGGAGGUUCAUCAUCGGGAGGUUCAUCAUCGGGAGGUUCGUCUUCAGGCGGUUCAUCAUCGGGAGGUUCGUCUUCUGGAGGUUCAUCAUCGGGAGGUUCGUCUUCAGGCGGUUCAUCAUCGGGAGGUUCAUCAUCGGGAGGUUCAUCAUCGGGAGGUUCGUCUUCAGGCGGUUCAUCAUCGGGAGGUUCGUCUUCAGGCGGUUCAUCAUCGGGAGGUUCGUCUUCAGGAGGUUCAUCAUCGGGAGGUUGGUCAUCAGGAGGUUCAUCAUCGGGAGGUUCGUCUUCAGGAGGUUCAUCAUCGGGAGGUUCGUCUUCAGGCGGUUCAUCAUCAGGAGGUUCGUCUUCAGGAGGUUCAUCAUCGGGAGGUUCGUCUUCAGGCGGUUCAUCAUCGGGAGGUUCUUCAUCCGGAUCCAUUCAGAGGGUGAACAUUAAGAAUGGGCCAAAUACACUUAUCAUCAAUGGACACCAGAUUACUGUUCAGUUCAUUGUCCACGGAGGAUAUCUGUACGUGUCUAAGAAUAUCAAUCCAGAGGGAAGUUGUCCGCUUGGUACAAUGGAUGCGUCAACGCAGGGCUGGUGCCAAGUCACUAGUCUCCAGAGCUUCCAAAGUUGGACUUUAUCAUUUCACCUGAACCUUCAUUUCCCCGAAAGCAUGCUUGUGGGAGGCUCGUCGGGAGGUUCGUCAUCGGGAGGUUCGUCUUCAGGAGGGUCGUCAUCGGGUGGGUCGUCUUCAGGAGGGUCGUCAUCGGGAGGUUCAGGUUCGUCAUCAGGAUCCAGUCAGACGAUUACCAUUCAGAGCGGAGGAAAUACACUUAUCAUCAAUGGACACCAGAUUACUGUUCAGUUCAUUGUCCACGGAGGAUAUCUGUUCGUGUCUAAGAAUAUCAAUCCAGAGGGAAGUUGUCCGCUUGGUACAAUGGAUGCGACAACACAGGGCUGGUGCCAAGUCACGAGUCUUGAGAGCUUCCAAAGUUGGACUUUAUCAUUUCACCUGAACCUUCAUUUCCCCGAAAGCAUGAUUGCCGUAGGUACUACUGGUGGGUCUUCAGUGGGAGGCUCGUCGGGAGGUUCGUCAUCUGGAGGUUCGUCUUCAGGAGGUUCGUCAUCUGGAGGGUCGUCUUCAGGAGGUUCGUCAUCUGGAGGGUCGUCUUCAGGAGGGUCGUCAUCGGGAGGUUCGUCAUCAGGAUCCAGUCAGACGAUAACCAUUCAGAGUGGAGGAAAUACACUUAUCAUCAAUGGACACCAGAUUACUGUUCAGUUCAUUUUCAACGGAGGAUAUCUGUUCGUGUCUAAGAAUAUCAAUCCAGAGGGAAGUUGUCCGCUUGGUACAAUGGAUGCGUCAACACAGGGCUGGUGCCAAGUCACGAGUAUCCAGAGCUUCCAAAGUUGGACUUUAUCAUUUCACCUGAACCUUCAUUUCCCCGAAAGCAUGCUUGCCGGAGGUACUACUGGUGGGUCUUCAGUGGGAGGCUCGUCAUCUGGAGGUUCGUCUUCAGGAGGGUCGUCAUCGGGAGGGUCGUCUUCAGGAGGGUCGUCAUCUGGAGGGUCGUCUUCAGGAGGGUCGUCAUCGGGAGGUUCAGAUUCGUCAUCAGGAUCCAGUCAGACGAUUACCAUUCACAGUGGCGGAAAUACACUUAUCAUCAAUGGACACCAGAUUACUGUUCAGUUCAUUGUCCACGGAGGAUAUCUGUACGUGUCUAAGAAUAUCAAUCCAGAGGGAAGUUGUCCGCUUGGUACAAUGGAUGCGUCAACCCAGGGCUGGUGCCAAGUCACGAGUCUCCAGAGCUUCCAAAGUUGGACUUUAUCAUUUCACCUGAACCUUCAUUUCCCCGAAAGCAUGCUUGCCGUAGGUAUUACUGGAGGGUCUUCAGUGGGAGGCUCGUCGGGAGGUUCGUCAUCUGGAGGUUCGUCUUCAGGAGGUUCGUCAUCUGGAGGUUCGUCUUCAGGAGGGUCGUCAUCGGGAGGGUCGUCUUCAGGAGGGUCGUCAUCGGGAGGUUCGUCAUCAGGAUCCAGUCAGACGACUACCAUUCAGAGUGGAGGAAAUACACUUAUCAUCAAUGGACAUCAGAUCACUGUUCAGUUCGCGGUUUCCGGAGGAAAGCUGUACGUGUCUAAGAAUAUCAAUCCAGAUGGAAGUUGUCCGCUUGGUACAAUGGGCGUAUCAACCCAAGGCUGGUGUCAAGUCAUUAGUUUCCAGAGCUUCAAAACUUGGACUUUGUCACUUCACCUGAACCUCCAUUUUUCCGAAAGCUUGAUUCAAGUAUUUGGCGGGGGUACCUCGGUUGGAGGCUCAUCAGGCGGAUCGUCUUCUGGAGGUUCUUCAUCGGGAGGUUCAUCUUCUGGAGGUUCAUCAUCAGGAGGCUCGUCAUCCGGAUCCACUCAGACGGUGAACAUUCAAAAUGGAAUGAAUACAGUUAUCAUCAAUGGGCAACACAUAACUGUUCAGUUCACGGUUCAAGGAGGAUUCCUGUUCGUGUCUAAGAAUAUCAAUCCAGAGGGAAGUUGUCCGCUUGGUACAAUGGAUGCGGCAACACAGGGCUGGUGCCAAGUCACGAAUAUUCAGAACUUCAAGAGUUGGACUUUGUCAGUACACCUGAAUAUCAAUUUUGGUAGCAACAUCAUGGAAAUGUACCAGUCGAGCUCGAGCACGGGAACUGAGCACACAGUGUUGAGUGCUCGCAUUGUGGGUGGAGUGACCCAGGUUCCGGCGGCCAUGAACAUUCAGGGAAGUGGUUGUAUGGCAGGCACCAGUGAUGUCGGUGGCGGCUAUUGUGCAAUUAACAAUAUGGACGCCUUCAUUAGUUGGGCCCGCUCCGCAGGAUUCAAUGUCGAGAGGACAGAGCAGAAUGGCAUACACACAAUCCGAAUCUCCGGAACCGUAUCUUACACAGGUUAGAGAUGACCAAAUCAACGAUAAGAAGUAUGGGCGACAUGAUGUCAUCGGGAAAUAUCACUUGAGAGACUGUUUAUACCUUACUGAAAACAAAAAUCAAUUCUUUACGUUAUGGGCCAUUUCAAACGCAAACUUUGUAGUCCCUAUGCAGCAUGCUUUUUUCAUCGUCGAAUGACAGAUUCAAAUUUUCCUUACAGAAUAUUUCCAAUGGAUAUAAAUUGUGUGUCCAGUGGAUAUCAAGAAUGUAUAGCCACGUAACUGGCAACACAUCAUAAAGAGGGCAUUUAUAAAAUACAUAUCGCAUAUCAGAUGCAUAUUCCCAACCAGGUCGAUAUCGAUGGUUCCCUCAAUACCUAUUUAGGCUUGAAAUUUGAUUGGGAUUUUCCCUCUUUCUGCUCUAUAUAUCCAGUAUAUUAAAUUUGUAUCCAUUGGAUAUAACUUGUCCGAAGAGAAAUCGACAUCGAUUUGUUAAGCAAGGGGUGUUUAGCCAGUACAAUGUAAAGUCAAAUCUUAUGUCCAUUGAGUAUUGGCUAAACUUAGGAGAAUUUGCUGUUAGAAACGACAAGAAAUCCGUCAUCGCCGAGAGAAAAUCACCAGUUCCGCGAUGUAAUAUUGUAUGUGAAAAUUAUACAUGUGUAGAGUUGGAAAUAUUUAUAAUGCCCAAUUUCUCACCAAAAGAUCGCAAAAACAUUUACUUGGUAUCCCCAAGUAGGCCCUCACCUUCUUGUUCGUUUGUUACAAUACGUGUAUGUAUUUACUCGGUGUAUCCGUGUCUGUAACACUCUGUUUCUAUGUGCAUUGAGCUGUAUAUGUCAAGUCAGUGCAAUAAAUAGAAUUAACGUUGUGUGCAGAUGUCAAA